AUGUCCAUUUCUGGAGCGCUGAGUAACUACUUUGUGGAGUCCAUCAUCAGCCCCGAGAGCGAGGAGCCUCCAGCAGCCAAAUUCUCUGGACAGUACCCCAGCCCCCGGCCGGCGGCGCACUCUGACAGCCUGGACUUCCCUUCUUGUAGCUUCCAGCCCAAAGCCCCCGUAUUCAGCGCCUCCUGGAGCCCCCUGAACCCUCACAGCGCUUCUCCCCUGCCGCCGGUCUACCACCCCUACCUCCAGCAGGGCGCCCCCACGUCUGAGAGCAGGUACUUACGGGGCUGGCUGGAGCCGCUGCCCAGGGCAGAGACUGGACCGGGAGCUGUGAAGACUGAGCCGCUGCUGGGCCACCCGGGGGACCUGCACAAGUUGGGAGCCCAGGAGUACAGCCUAGAGUCGCCUGCUGCCAGAGAGGAGCCCAAUGAGAGGCCCACUUUCCAGGACAAUAAAGUGUGCGAAGGAAGCGAGGACAAAGACAGGCCACAUCAAACAAACCCUUCAGCUAACUGGUUGCACGCCAGGUCCUCCAGGAAGAAGAGAUGUCCCUACACCAAGUACCAGACCCUGGAGCUGGAGAAAGAGUUUCUGUUUAACAUGUACCUGACCAGGGACAGGAGACACGAGGUGGCCAGGCUGCUUAACCUAAGCGAGAGACAGGUCAAAAUCUGGUUUCAGAACCGCAGGAUGAAAAUGAAGAAGCUGAACAAGGAACAGGGGAAAGAUUAA